ACACCCAUUCUAACGUACCGAAACAAGUGUGUAGAUAUUCCAUGUCACACAAUGGUAUUACUCUGUCGAAAUGCAUGUGAUUUGGGAUACUAAGAAGGACUUUAUUUAGAAGUGAUAACACAUUGUAAUUAUGCAUGCCGGUGAACCUACCCCUCCCGAUGUACGACAGAGGCCUUUCUCUGCCUCUAUAUACCCUGAUUAUCCAUGGCAGGACCUGUCCCAACUCAUACAGAGACAGAGAACAACGUAUGGCCAUAUGAAUGACUGGAUGAGAAUGGCGAUGGACCAGAGCUCGGGGGGCGGAACCGGAAUCCCUACCACUGUCACCGACAACAAUUGGCAGCAAUAUAAAACGCCUGCACAGAAAAAAGAAGAAUCUGAAGUUAACUACAGAAAAACAUACGCAGAUCUGACGUCAAAGAUUGCCUACAGAUACCCCAACCCCGGGGCUCCCAGACUCCGACAGGGCCGUAUUGGUGGUACCUGGCGACACAUUAAGGAGGUGCUCGGACACGGCGGAGGCAGGGUGUGUUAUGUCGACGGCCUUAUACGAGUAUAUGACGAUGUUAGUUUUAACACAAGGCUACACUCAGCGUCAUCACAGAGGCAUCAUCUACGUAAUGCCCAGCAUUCCUGGGAUGCUCCAAACAAUGUACAGCUGCCACCUUUAAGCAAAAGCAUGGGCCAGGUGUCAUUCGAAGAUCCAGACAUAGAUAGGAAAAUUCGACUGAGCUCUGCUCAAAAGUACAAAGGAUUUUACAGACAGAACUGAGAGUUAUUUCCCUUUAGCUUCAUAAUAAUUCACUCUUUUUUACUGAAGGUGCAAAAUUGUGAUCAUCUUCCAUGUUAAAGGGAUGAACACAUACUACAGCCUUGUAGGUUGACAAACAGUAUUAUUUACACAUCUACGUAUUUAUGUUGUCAAUAAUUUAAAUAUCUCCUGGUG